CUUUUCCCUUUGAGAAGUGAGGAUUGUCAACAUGUUAUUCAUUUAUUCUUUGUGGUUGCGAAACUAGUUCUAUGAUGGCAUGUGUAGGUGAAAUCUUUAUUGCAGCAAGUACUAAUUACUUGGACUUUCCACUCAAUCCACCGACAGCUCAUGAAACAUGGUACAAACAAGGAAGUUCAGAGGUGUCCGGCAGCGACAGUGGGGCUCUUGGGUAUCAGAGAUUCGCCACCCUUUACUGAAGAGAAGGGUAUGGCUAGGCACAUUCGAGACGGCUGAGGCUGCGGCAAGAGCAUACGACCAGGCUGCCAUUUUGAUGAAUGGACAAAAUGCCAAGACCAAUUUUCCUGUAGCAAAGACUGAUCAACCUGGUGACACAAAUGCUCGCGGUGAUGACUCUCCAUUGCCUCCCAAGGCCCUCUCCGAGCUCCUGAAUGCGAAGCUCAGGAAGUGUUGCAAAGACCAAUCACCUUCUCUCACUUGCCUGAGGCUUGACACUGAUAAUUCUCAUAUUGGAGUCUGGCAAAAACGCGCAGGCACUCGUUCAAGCUCCAACUGGGUCAUGAGGGUUGAGCUAGGGAAUAAGAAGGCGCCGGCGUUAUUGGAAGAUGGAUCAGCAUUGACAUCAGGGUCAGGGUCGUCGUCUCCUAUGGCAAACGAGAUUGAAGCUAGAAGUGUAAUGGGAGAAGAGGAUAGGAUUGCAAUGCAGAUGAUAGAAGAACUACUCAACUGGAAUUGCCCUAUGACUUCAAGCUCAGGUGGAGUUUAGAAUAGACAUAAUCCUUAAUAUAGCAUGUGUACAUCCCUCUGCAAAACUACUCAAGUCCUUUUCAUUUUACCUUUCCUGGUCAGAAAAUCAUUCUCACUGUAAAACUGGUGCAACAAUAUGCAGUAUCUUACCUGGUAAUUGUGAAAUUUACUUUAUGAAACAAAUAUAGAUCAGCACCUACACAGCUAUUUAACCUACUAAUCCAAGCUUCAAUGUCAGUUAUGUGUUAUAUUUUCGUAAGCCUGAAGCAAGUUCCUGGUUCUGGACCAUGGAUUAGCCAUAUGUCUGAUAUGCAGCAAAUUGAUCAUUACUAGUUUGAUUUAUUAAUAACUUUUUUGGUUCUAAAUUAGAGAAACCUUGUUACCAAAAACAAAU